CUCCCGGCCGUUGUUUCCGUGCGGAUUGGCUGUCGCGUGAUGCUGCUGAAAAAUCUUGACGUUUUUGUGGGGCUUGUGAACGGCAGCGUCGGCACCGUCGAGAGUUUCAUUGACAUUCGUAAGGUGCGUGACUUUUCGAACAAAACUACACCGGUAGAUCUCCGUAAUAUGGCAAAACACACUUUUCUGCCCGUGGUGAGAUUUGACACGUGCAAAGACAACGGUAGCAAGGACAGUGCCUGUGGACGUCUCGUCAUGGUUGAGCCUCACCGAUGGUCUGUGCUUCAGGGCGACAGGGAGGUGAGCUACAGUGUACAAAUUCCUCUGCAACUCGCGUAUGCAAUUACGAUACACAAGUCACAGGGAAUGUCUCUCUCGCGUGUUAAUGUGGAUUUCAGGGGCAUCUUUGAGGAGGGACAGGCUUAUGUGGCACUUUCACGCUGCACAGACCUGAAUAGUCUUGUCAUUGAGAACUUUGACGCCCACCGUGUGAACCCCAACGCAAAGGCUUUAGCCUAUUACAAAGCACUGGCAGACGCGGUGGAAGCGGAGGAAAAGGCAGAAAAGAAAAUGCUGCACGCUCGUCUCCGCCACCCGUGGGGAUAUAACGACAUGGAUGAUAAUGAUAAUGAUGAUGAUGAUGGGGACCAGGAGGAUAAUCAGAGCCACAGCAGGAUCCAUUCUGAGGCUGCCCGUAAAAGAAGGAACAUGGCGGAUGUCGUGGAAGAAGUCCGUCAGCGCAUUACGCCAUCUUAUAUUUUAUGGUCAUCUUUACGGCAGCGUGUUUUAUCCACCGCUGAACUCGCCUCAUCUGUCCAUGGAGCACUACUUGUGAUGGACACAACGUCCUUACUUGCCUUGGGGAGUUCUCAUAAUUCCACGGCACUCUACGAGAAGGUAUUUGUUAAGAACCAAAACAUGAUGCGAGUGCCGCGGUUGGUGAAGGAGGAGCUGCUGCGCACGGCGUCCGUUAGUGGGGUUGAAGUUCGUGUGACUCCGACAGUAUGUCUUAGCUUUAGCAGCCUGCGCUCAAAUUCACCUGGCGGCAGUUUUGUCCACGAGGCAGCAGAGUUGGCUGCAGGGACACUCUGCCUUAUGGAAGACGCAAAAAGUGAUUUUGUUUUGGAUGAACAACGCGCUGGGGAGUCGAGACCGCUGCCGCCUUCGGUGCCAGAGUGGGAGGGUUUUUUUUCACGUUGUGAUUGGAGUGAUUGCGAGCUCAACAACACGUGUGUAGGACCCUACAGUCAUCCUCAUCAGCAGCACAUUGAAUUGCUAGAGUUUUCAUGCUAUCUUCUUGAGCAGUACAGUUCUCACCAGGCCGUGCUGGUUUGCACGGAGUCUAUCGAGUUGGCGGCGCGUGCGCUUGCUGUUGGUUUGCGUGUGUGUUCCAUGAUGUACUUGUGUCCGGUAGAUUGGGCACGAAUUUUGGAUGAGGGAGGAAAGAGCAAAUAG